AUGCGAGCAGCAGUGAGUGUCCUCUUGUCGAGUCCGGUACCCGACAAUAAAAUGUCACAUCCAGAUUACGAGCAAACUGCUCACGAUCAUGCAGCUCUGCUCAUUCUUUUGAAACCAGUCGGCACCCAAAUUAAGCCAAAAACUGUCGCCAAAAUAUGCGAGCGAAUUGCCAAAUCUGGAAGCAGAAUUUCUGUCGUGGACUCCAGUGGUGGAAACCGGGAAGUUUUAAUUCGAUUCGUUAAGGAUCAUCCCGUGGAAAAUAACGACUGGGGUGAUUUUCAAACCCACAGAAGACUCUUGGGCCUGAUCACUUUUGGAAAAUACGAAAAUCAAGUCGAGCUCAAUGAGCUUUGCAGGUUACACGAGACUUUAAAAGUCAAGUAUAAUGCUACUUUGUACGAUUCAAGGGCUGUUUUUCUGGGACCUCUGGCCUCGGAAAAUUUCAAUGAACCUCCACCUAACUACACGACUCCUUCAAAUUUCAAAACGAGGGCUGUUUUCUACGUGGAUGACACUUGUCCGGAUUUGGAGACACAGUUGAAUGAGUGCUUUAACAAUUUAUUUUGGAUUUUGGAGUCAAAGAGGCUGGAAAGAUCGAGAGAGAAAUUGGAUAAAGUUCCUCUGCUUCUGGCACCGUUUGAGAAGAGGGAUUUUAUAGGAUUGGAUUUGGAAUCGAGGAAUAAUAAGAAGAGAUGUGUUGGUCGAAUGACAAAACAUUUGGGGGAUCUUUGUCUUCAAGCCGGUUUGUCAGCUGAUGCUUUGAGCCAUUACAAUUCUGCAGCUGGCACCUUACAAGCUGUUAAUGACUGGCUGUGGCUGGGAGCUGCUUAUGAGGGAUUGUGUGCCGCCUCUGCUUUAAUUUUGUACCCAAAUAUGUGUAGGAAUUUGCCCUUGCAGAGGAACUCAUCUUUGCAGGAAGGAAGUCCCGGAAAGCGACGAGGAUCUCAAGCUUUUAAUGCCUUGCCAGCUCCCCAGAGUGUCGAAAUAGUAAAAAGCAGCAUACCCAAUAUUUUAUCAGCAGAAGAUAUAUCUAAAAAAUAUAAAGAAGCUAUUGUUCAUUAUAGUAAAUACCAAAACGCUGGAAUCAUUGAAACGGAAGCAAGCUUCAAAGCAACUAGAAUUUCAAUAGAACAAAAUUGUGCUCUUCAGGCAGCUUCUUUUUUGAACAACGUUGUAUUUAUCAACCUGACAAUGAGCGAACAAGAAAAGAUUGAUCGUUUCACUACAUUAUCAGACCUCUACACAUCUUUCGGAUUCACUCGAAAAGCCUCUUUCUGUACACGAUUAGCAGCUACUCGAUACGUUUCUCAAAACAAUCCAAAUCCAGACUGGCAACAGUGCUACAAAUUGAUGCUCCAGGCGACUGCUGGCUUCAAAUUAUCUCUCGAUCCAAUAGAAAUGCCUUGGGAUAGACUCAGAGGUUGGCCUGCGAUUCAAAUCCAGGUAAUAAACGAGUUAGUAGCCGCAGCAAAUAGAAUGGGAAAUCCAGCUCUUGCAACUCGACAUCUCACAUUCUUGUUACAAACUAUGUACAAUCAUCUGAAUCCAACAGAGAGAAAAGAAACGGCCCUACAGCUUCUCUCAGUUUCUCAACAAUGUGAAGGCGCUCCUGUUCCUCUAGUUUUGGAUUCCGGAAUCGUCAUUCCGCCCGCGAAUUUGACAAACAUUCCCAAAACUAAAACAUUCGCUCUCAAAAAUUUACAACCGCAUCUUCAGCCUCAGAAAAUUGAAAGGGUGAAGGAAGAUCACGGACCCUUUUUAUUCACCCCGAUCAACUUUGGUUCUUUGGAAAGAAAAAAUGUUUCCAAAAGCAAAGUUGAUUAUCUCUGGGUCGAAGGAGACAUUUGCGAAGCGACGAUGCAGCUGAUUAAUCCAUUGCCCUUUGAGCUUCACGUCUCAAAUAUGAGACUUUUAACAAGUGGAGUAGUUUUUGAAUCGAUUCCGGAAAGCAUAACACUGCCUGCGGAAUCGGGCCCGAUCGCUGUGACUUUGGCGGGAAAGCCGAAGGAAGUCGGCGAUCUUGAAAUUUUAGGUUUUAGUACACAUACACUCGGUGUUAAAUCUAAUUGCAGAUUGAGGUACAUGGAAAAAAUGCCACAUCCUCAAUAUUCGGUGGAAGUCGUUCCUGCUUUACCGAGGAUAGAUCUUUCUACUAGUUUACCGCAAACGGCUAGUUUCAGUUCCGGAGAAAAUAUUGUCACGAGUGCGAGCAUUUCUCUUUACGGAGGUGAAAGCUCUGAAUGUACAAUUACGAUAAUGAACGUAGGCCAUGUUCCAAUUGAAAUGUUCGAAGUUUCUCUACAGUCAACUUUAGAUGCCCCAACCGAAACCAAAGUUUUUAAAUGGAGUGAAGAAAAUUUAAAUAGUCAGUUGCCUUUGGAGCCAGGAGCUAGUGCUAGUUUAACUUUAUAUUUGUACGCCGUUAUGGACUUUGUUGCUCCUUCUUCACGUCACGAUAUUACCAGCAGUGCCUAUAUGAGUCAACCCAACAGUUUUAUUACACAAUCGGGUUCCAGUUCGUUGCCAUCUAGAUUAAGUUCUUUAUCACAUCACACAAAAAGACAAUCAGAAUUGACCUCUUCCUUCCGUUCAGGAUUAAGUACCAAUUCUGGAAGUUCGUCUACAGUUAGCACACGAUUAUCGAAACUCGCCGUACCUCUUCAUUCCUCAAAUGUGAUAGAAGGACAAUUGAGGAUACGAUAUUCGGGAGCAGAUGGAUUGACUUCCGGUUAUUGUAGAGCUUCUUGCGUUUUUAUUACGAUGGAAAUCUUGCCUAGUGUCCAAAUCACAAGCUGGGACGUUCUUCCAGCUGAGACCCCCUCACAAUUCUAUCUCGUGUUGGAUGUAAAUAAUAUGACGCAUCACGAGAUGGAACUACAUUACACGCAAAAUAAAUGUAUUUAUAUGGAAGGCAGAGAACCUUGCAGAAUUCCAGUGCCUGUUGAUCGGUGUCCUCUUAGUAAAUUAUCUUUGUUAAAAGAAGAUUUAGAUAGUGGAGAACUGCAGAAGAUUUGCGCGGAACACAUAGCUUCGCUAGUAGAUUUGAAGUGGCAUUUAUUAGGCACAGAAUUGACGGGAAAAGCGAAUUUAUCUGGAAUCACUUUAACCCAGGAUAUGUUAGAUUUAGUAAGAAUGAGUCCGUUGCAAUGGGAGGUGAAAAUAAACGACGCACUUGUUAAAGCUCAGGAUGAAUUGACUUGUGCUUUAGGCGAAUGCGUUAGUGUCGGUGUUGGUGUUUGCAAUGCUCUCGAAACUCCAUUGCGAGACCUCACAUUGUCCAUAAACUUUUACCAAGAUCAUCACAAUGGAGUCAAUAAUUAUCGAUUGGAUACGAGGUUGUCGAUAGCUGGUGCUAAUAAAGUUUUACUUCCCAUGCUUCAAGAAUCCGGACGCGCAUUCCACGAGUGUCGAGUCGUGUUUCUAACUUCAGGCCAGUACAAAAUAGACAUUCAAUGCAGCAGUCGUGAGCAAAUUCAAAAUGCAACAUCGAUAUGUUCAGAAACUGAAAAUGCUAGUCACACGUGGCGCUACAUACCCUCGAUAGAAAUCAAAGUUUCCGAUUCUUAAUACUUUUCGCUGUAUGUAUACCUUGUAAUUAUUAUUAUUAUUAUUUUCUCAAGAGAAAAAUAUUUCAAACUCUCGUGUAAAGAUUUAUAAGCACUGUAAUAUAUUCGACUUUCGUUACUUA